AUGAUCUUGCCACGUUCGAUUCGAUUAACGUGCCAAUAGCAAGCUUGUUCAGUUGUCGGGAGUCGGGACAUCAUUUUCACCCAUUGAAAAACACGAACAGAUUAAUAUUCUAUUGGGUUGGAUGAUCUAUACUCUUUGUCCUGCUUGACGUUCUGGUAAUUCGCACUUGGCAGAGAUCCCUUGGGAGAUUCCGAACUUCUGCACUAUUUCAUUCCGAGACUUCAUAAUCCAUCCGAAGUUUAAUCAUUCCCAUUCUCUUGGAUUCCAAGUUGCCACCGAUCAGCUUGUAAAAUGAAAUUCCUCCGGACUUUUUGGAAUAGUCCUAUCGGUCCCAGAACAACUCAUUUUUGGGGUCCUGUUUUCAACUGGAGCCUUCCUAUUGCGGCGUUUGUAGAUACAAAGAAACCCCCAGAAUUGAUAUCAGGCAACAUGGUUACAGCUAUGUGUUUUUAUUCAGCAAUGUUCAUGAGGUUUUCAUGGAUGGUACAACCACGCAACUUGCACCUUCUUGCAUGCCAUAUCACAAACGAGACACUGCAGCUUUAUCAGCUCUCACGUUGGAUGAAGGCUCAUCGGUCCACGCCACAAGAGGAAGCUAAACAACUCGAGGAAGCCAAAGAACAAUGACUUGACAUUUCUCUAUAUUUUUAAUGCUUCUUGCCUGCUCAUUUACUUUUGAAUUGCUUCAUAAACAACAAAAAGUAGAGAGCACAAGAAUUUUUAAUUGGAUGUAAUGAAUCAUUUAAUUUAAUAUCUCGUUACCUUUCUAUGUUUCCUUGUAAUGGAUCAUUACAUUUAUAAUUGAGUUAUUACAUUUCAAGCACUUUAUUA